CCGUACAUCUUCCAAGUUGUUCAUAUGCCAUAACGUGGGGUGGGAUCAGGCAAAGAAAGGCUCACUUCAGGGAGAGCCUCACCUUUGGCACGUCAGUUUUAUCGCAGUUGGAUUGAGACAGCACGGGUGAUGCACCAGCUCUAUUGUGGGUGCAGCUCAAAUGGAUUAGGUGAAGCUAUCUCUGCUAUGUGUAGUGAGCAAGACCAAGACUUUUCCUGCAGACGUACCACCACGGUUGAUGAUCUCAUCUUAGAAACUGAGUUUUACAUUUAUGUGAGGACCAAAGCUGCUCUGGCACUCACAGCUCGCUCGUUUUUGUAACUGAACCUUCUCGUUUUAUUUCUUUACAGAUGUUGUAUGUAGGAGUGCAGGCAGUCUUGAUGCCAAAGAUACAGGGUCAUGUAUAAUUCUGCAGUGCUGUUCCUCGUGGUGUCUUUGUUGUGAAGCUAGUGGCCAGAUGUUUGGAUAUAAGUAGUUGCUAAUGGCACCGGUAAGGAAUAUCACAGACAACCUGUAUGCCAGAACCUGUGAGGACUCUGAGCAUGUAGAAGAGGCUCUAGCAGUCUCCCUGCACGCACGCGUAGACCCUCGGCUUCUGGGCAUUACGAUUUGUCGAACGCUGUGUUCAGCAGUGCUUCACCCGGAAGAGAGUAAAUCACAUGUAGUAGGCCUGCCUCAGCCACAGUUGCAGAGGAGGUGCUCAGUCUGUCAAGAAAUCCAGAGGAUGAGGGAACUUCAGACAAUGUCAGGUAUACUGCAGCAUCCAGAUGGGACUGUCCUGAAGCAGUUGCAGCCACCACCUCGCGGUCCCAGGGAGCAGGAGUUCUACAACAAGGUUUAUGACUCCGACUGUUGCGACAGCAUUCUUCUGGAGCUGCGGGAAUAUCUGCCAAAAUACUUCGGUGUCUGGUCACCACCUACUGCACCAAAUGAUACGUAUCUAAAACUGGAAGAUGUGACCUGUAAGUUUAAUAAGCCUUGCAUAAUGGAUGUAAAAAUAGGUCAGAAAAGUUAUGAUCCGUAUGCUUCAGCUGAGAAGAUACAGCAGCAGGUCAGCAAGUACCCGCUGAUGGAGGAGAUUGGCUUUUUGGUACUUGGCAUGAGGGUUUACCAUGUCUCUUCUGACAGCUACGAGACGCAAAACCAGCACUACGGAAGGAGCUUGACAAAGGAGACGGUAAAGGACGGCAUCUCAAAGUUUUUCCACAAUGGGUACUGCUUGAGAAAAGAUGCAAUAGCUGCCAGCAUUCGGAAGAUUGAAAAAAUUCUGGAGUGGUUUGAGGGCCAGAAGCAACUCAACUUUUAUGCAAGCUCAUUACUCUUUGUUUAUGAAGGUUCAUGUCAGGCAACAACCGUGCGGUUGAGUGAUGUCACCUUGGCAGAGAAGAGAGGAGUGCCCAAAGGACUGUUGUCAGGUGGAGACAUACUGGAGUAUAACAAUAAUAUCCACGUCAUAAAUUCUACGGAGAAUGGAAAAAUUGAGGCCUCUGUAAGUAAAGGCUUGUCCAAAUUUUACGCACUUCACAAAAAGGCAUACUCUAAGAGGCACCACAGUCAACUCUCACUAAAAGUUGAAAACUUGGAGCAAGGCAACGUGUGGAAAAGCAGCACGUGCAUUACACAGGAGCAUCUGAACGGAAACGUUAUACCCCAACUGGAAAAAGUUUUCUGUCACAUGCCAGCAGAGAUCAAAGAAAGCGCGAACGUAGAAGUCCGAAUGAUAGAUUUUGCUCAUGUGUUCCCUAGCAACACAAAGGAUGAGGGCUACAUUUACGGUCUGAAGAAUUUAAUCACAGUACUUCAAAAUAUUUUGGAUAACUAAAUUCUUUGCUAUGGUUUUUACUGGGGGCCAAUGAUAAAGAAGAGCAACAACAUGAAGAAUUUCUGCACUUGUAAUGCUGUAUAACUGGGUUUGUAUUGUUCUAUAUUUUAUUUGUCUUUGUACUUUUGGUAGAAGGGUUUAACUUUUUAUAAUCUCACUCAGGAAAAUAAUUGAUAGCUAAUUAGGGAGUGUGAAAGGAUGAAGAUACUUGAGAUUAAGCAGGAUAGGUAAAUCAGUAGGAUGAAGUGUAUAUGGUUGGCUUAAAUCCAAGGAGUACAGUUGCCCGAUAAGCAAGGGUCAUGUUAGUUCCUGUAACGACUUUAGCGUAGAAAACAUUUCCCACUUAGCCUUGACACUGAGCCGUAUCUCCAUUAACAGGUUUUUAGAAAAUGGACUGAAAGCUAUGAAGUGCAGGAUUGAUGUCCUCAGUACUGCCCUCUUGUGUUUACUGUAUUUAAAUAACUGGAGUUAGUCUUACUUGGAGAGAAAUCCCGUUUUGAGUCAGUAGUCUAACCUGGAAGCCAGCGUAUAAAGAAAAAAAAAAAAAAAGAAAAAAAAAGAAAAAAGUGCUUUUCAAUGUCACGGGACCGAUAUCGCUGUUAUUUCACCACUGGAGUGGGUGCUUCCCCUCUCGGUGGUUGUCCGUAGCCGAUGUUCACCACAGACAAGCUACAACGUAAUUUGUGUUGAGGUGCUAAGAAAAUGCUGGAGUAAAGUAACAGGCUUAAACUGCACAACUGCUAGAGAAGCUGUUUGUUCCUCAGGAGGAGUAAAAGAAUGCAAGCGCGAGGUGUUCCAGGAACUAAUUUGGUUUAGGCGAUUAACUCAAUCUGUUAAUGGAGUGUUUUGAUGUUGUGACUAAGGGAGAUGCCUCACUCCUUUGUUCCGAUGGCCCUUCUCCAAAAACAUUGCUUUUAAAAGCAAACCAAUUGACCGGGGAAACACAGCAUUCAGAGUGAGCUUACAGGGAUUUCCUCUAGCCGCUUCCCGCCUCUAGUUUUGCGACAGGCAUUUCACGUUUCCGCCGCUGGGGAGCACCGGCUGGAAAGGACCAGCGACACAGGCGAAGGACCCUUUGCUGCCAAGAUCCAGCUCAGCCCUGGAGCAACCAGUACCUCUGUUUGUUGCCGUGGAGUUGUGGCUCUCUUACCCCGGGCUAAAGCCAGCUCUUUUUUUUUUUUUUUUUCCUUUUGUUUUUAAUUUCUUUCUUUUUUUUUUUUUCCUCCCUAAUGACACACAGGCAAACUGUGUAAUUUGAAAGUUGUCCCCCUUCCUCCUUUUUCACAGGAAAAAUUAAAGCUUUCAUUUGGAAUCUUUGAGAUCAGGAUGAUGUACCCCGCGCGGUUUCGGUGUGUCUCUUCUGUACGCUGUGUAUGUGGCUGUCCUACCACGCGUAUACGGUCAGCCGUACGAAAAGUUGGGACGGAGGAGUCUUGCCAUCCAUAGAGCAAGAUUUUAAUGCUUUAAGCAAGGCCCAGAAGUAAAACUUUUUAGAAUGGCUUUGGUCUUUGGAAACGUACAUCUUUUACAUGCAGACUUCACAGGACACUGUGGCCUUGCUGCUCUGUCUGCCUGAUGUUCGGCACUAUGCACUCAUUUGUGUACACGUCCCUGCAAGGUCUCGACUCCGUAUGUGUUCUCGAUAUCAGAAAGAGGUAAAUGCUUUUUGGAACCAGUACGCCGUUUUAAAUAAAGCUGAAAUUUUAGUGCUCUGGGAAGCUGGGUUAAAACAGGGUAUUAUGCGUAGAAGGACAGUGCUUAAACUUUAGAGCUAAUAUUGGCCAACACAUUCAAGAACGAAACCCAUCUGUUAGUAACGUAAUGUUUUUGAAGCGUGGGAAAAGACGCUUGCAGGAGAGGCAGUAUCAUUUUGUUGAAAAAAUUAUGCAAAUUAUGGUGAAGGCUGAGGGGAAAAUACCGGGUAGAUAAAGUGGGGUUUUUUCUUCCUGGUAUUUCCAUUGCAUCAUUAACUAUAAUAUAUUCCCAACUCUCUGUGAACUAAUUUAAGCCAUAUUCUAGGAAGAGUUUGUGGUUUUGUUAGCUCUGACGCUGGUUUCUCUGUUACGAUUAUGUUGUUCUGUCCCGUAAAUAGUCAACACUAGAGUAGUCUAGGCUGGUAGUGGCCUUGUAUGAUAAAUUCACAAUGUUUUGUAGAAAAUACGGGGAGAAACAUUUACACAGCUGAAUUUUUGUCCUCUGUAAUUCAUCUCUUCUGGAUUUUAAUCCAUUUUGUGCCGGAGAAAUCAGACAUCUGCCUCAGAGAAGUCAGUUAUUGGAAAAUGAUCUGUACGCUCUUAGUAUAAGCGCAUUCUCCUGUCUCUGCUUUAAGAUUUACGUCUUCAGUGUGUGAAUGCUCUUUAAGUAUUGAUUGUUGUGUUGACUAUGGCAGUGUUUGUAAUGCACCUGGAAUAUUGUUAAACUGUCAGAAUAUUUUGAAUAAAAAAAAAAUAAAAUAAUUUUAUCA